AUGGCAUCACCAUCGACCGUGAGAUCUAGUGUCGCCACCAUCAGUCACGCAUCCGCACAUCUCUCUGCUCCCACUAUCUCGGCUCUCGCUGCUCCCCAGAUCUCCAGUACGCCUAUGAGAUCAUCGAAUAGUGGGUUAGUUACCACGAAGCACACGCAUAUGACAGUGGACGGCGUCGUCCGCGACGAGUUAGCCCACGCGUUGUAUCGCGAUUGCUCCCUCGAAGACAUCCUGAAAUCCAUCUUUGGCCUCACCGAUGCGCAACUGCGAGGACUCCAGGAGUCAGCGCGGGAUCUCGCACAGAAGUUCUUGGCAGAUGAGAAGCUCAAACAACUGGAAGAGAAGUAUCUCACGCAAGCACUCGAGCCCGAUGCAUACGUGCCGUUCUGCGACCUGGUUGAUGGUAUUAUCGAGCGCCUGGACGUGGAAGGCGACAAUCGAUUCUUGGCCAUUGGCCAGGACAAUAUCACACUCGCUCAUGGAAUGGGAGAUCGAAAGCCCGAUGUUACUCUUGCCGCAAAGGCGGUGUACGAUGCUUUCUUGAAGAAGCAAGCGACUUUCCCUUCCGGCAACGUUGCCCCUCCCCACCCCAGCCUCAAACACAACAGCACGCCGAGCGACGAAGUAGGGCUGAUCCUCGAGGCUGUUCACGCCCUGGCCUUUAUUGAAUGCAAAUGGGAAAAAGGGAAAAAUCACAGGCGCGGCCGUAAAAGUGGAACCGUUUCUAAGCACACGCCUCUCCCUACAGCUACAACCCCUUCUUCGCCCAAUUCAAGCCGACCCUCCCCCAGCAGUCUUUCAGAUCGAUCCAAGCUCCAGCCAACAGCCACGAAGCGUGCAAGAAGUCAGCCAGCAGAUGCACCAUUACCCCGCAAGCGGAAGAAGUUACCGGAUGGGAGUGCCAUCACACCCGCUCUACCCAUUACGCCCACUAGCCUAUCAGGAGGGGCCACCAAUGACGAUCUUUCCGUUGCCGACGACGACGUUUUUGGAGCCGUUGUCAAGGUCUGCUUCCCUCCAAAGACUAGGAAAUCGGAGGUCGAAUUUAUCACUCUGCUCCGACAGCAUGACGACAUAAUGGACAUGGUCCCACAAGUGUUCGCCCACAGUACUAUUGAAAUGCCCGAUUUCCUUGAACUUGUUCGCCGCUCCAAGUCCAAACCCAAGGUCGAACCUGACGUGCGCGAGAUGAGAGUGUUCGUCAUGAAGCGAUACCAUACACUUUCUGAGGUUACCUCCGCGGACGAUCUGUUAUCUAUUAUCAAAGACAUCGGGCGUUGUCACACCCAUUCUUUCAAUAAGGCCCACUUCUUGCAUCAGGAUAUAACCUUCAACAACAUUGGUUGGUAUCGGGAUGAAGAGAAAAGAGCGAGAGGCGUGCUGCUUGAUUGGGAUUUAGCCGCUGAAGUGAACGAAGCUGGGGAGCCAAUGGGAGCCACUGCCCGGCACCGAACAGGAACACCGGCAUAUAUGUCUGUUCGACUACUUCAAUCUCAUGACAGCAACCACGAACCGAUCGACGACAAAGAAUCGCUGUUCUGGGUCCUCGUAAGCGCAAUGACAAGAAAGCACUUCCAUGGAUCAGAUUUUUUCAAGGAGUUUCGGCGUGGUGGUCAAGACAUGUGGGCGCAAAUUGCCAGACAGAAGAAAGCCUUCCUCGAGGAUCUGAUGCAGUCCGAGGGUAGCCAGUGGCCGCAACACGUGCACGAGAACUUCCGAGUGCUGCUGCCAACUAUUAAUCGCUGGGCUAUUGACCUCGAGCAGCUUUCCCUGUUGUCGCGCAUGGCCAGGCUGCCUGAUGACCCAUUCUGGAGUGUCGUGGGGGUCCCAGAAAAGCUCUCACAGGCAAAAUCAAUGUUGAAUGGACUGGAGGCUUUGUUCGGAAUCAGCGAUCAUAUUACUCAUCACCUCUUUUCGAUCACGAUGUUGUUCAACACUUACACGACUGUCGCCUUAAUCGCUAUUACCACUGUUGGCAGUGCCAUGUCUCUUGGGAACCCUAGCCUCGAUGGGCUUGAGGGUCGCUCGUUCGACGAAGAGGAGCAUAGGAUCGAGAGGCGCAUAAAGCGCGAGAAGCCAUGCAAUCCGAAGUAUCAGAACUGCGGAGACAAGGUCGGACACGUGAAGAGACCGAAAGACUGGGUGAUCGAGUGCUCUCUCGAUGACGAGGACUAUGAGCUCGAGAAGCCUUGCAAUCCGAAGUAUUAG